AUGGACAGCCAGCCAAGGCCAGUUCGCCAGUUCGACAAUUACCUGUCAAAGCUGCAGUCCCUGUGCUCGUCGCAGCCCACCACCGGUAGCGCGGAGCAGCUGGUUGGUUCGCACAAAGAACAACAUCAUCCCUACCAGCACCUGCAUCCUGCACCCCAUCAGCAUCAUCCCCAUCCCCUGCAGCAUCCCCACCAGCAGCCGCCGCAUCUCGGGCACCACCUGGUGGAAGAUCAGCAUCUGCAACCGCAGCCGCGUUACCAUCCGCACCAUUUUUCUCCCCAUAACAUCGGCGGCCAGCCGCCAGCCUCAUCCGCAUCAUCGCCACCGCCACCACCACCACCACCACCACCAUCCCUACCACCCUCAUCCGCGCUUCCACCGCAGUCGGUGAUACACCAUUAUCAGGCACAGCCCCACCUGCACCUGUACGAUAUGAAUGGGCCGAUGUACGGCAACCUCGGGCCAUCUCCCGACGUCCGCUCACUGUACGACUCGUUGAAGCUGCCGGGCGUAACCGGUAACGAUGUAUACGGAGCCCUACCGCUCGCCACCACCAUCUAA